CCUCGAGCAAAGACAAACGUUAUCCUCCCUCCCUCUCACGAAAAAGGUGGGCGCGGCGGCGGCGACGACGACACCGACGCCGGCGGGGAGAGGGACAGCGCAACCGGAGGAGACGGUAGCGGCGUCCCUCCUCCCCCUAUCCAACCUGCGGCACAGCAUCCAACCACAGCGGCGUGAGCUCGGCGGCGACAAGGAGUGGCGACCGCAACGACCCCGUCGCCGGCGUGAUUCUCCCCCGACGCUGGACUGCGAGCUUCAGCUGCACUGAUCAAUGGGAAUGGAGUAUGCUUCAUCCACGACGGCGUCUUCCAUGUUCCUGCCUUUCCUUGCGAUGUUUGGGGCCAUCUACCUCCUCGGCUACUUCGUGGUCUUCCGGCGCUGGAGCCCGCAGCAGCGGCCGGACGCGUCGAGCUGCCUCACCUCGCUCUUCCACGGCACGCCGGCGAUGCUGCUGGCGCUGCGCGCCGUGCUGUCCAGCCCGGGGGCCGGCGACCUCGCGGCGGCCAACGCGCCCGCUGACGACCUCGUCCUUGACUUCAGCACGGCCUACUUCACCGUUGACCUCCUCCACUACCUCGUCUUCCUGCCCCAUGAGGUCCUCUUCGUGGCGCACCACCUCGCCACGCUCUACGUCUUCGCCACCUGCCGUGUGGCCGUGCAUCGUGGCGCCUACGGGCUGCUCGCGCUGGAGGUGCUCGCCGAGGCCACCAGCCUCGCGCAGAACCUGUGGACGCUGGCCGACAUGCGACGCGCAGACUCGCCGCUGGCCGCGAGGGCGCACGCCGCGCUGUCGCUCCCGUUCUACGUGGCUUACACGGCCAUGAGGGCGGUCCUCGGGCCGGUCUGGUUCGUGAGGAUGGUGAAAUUCUACGCCGCCGGGGCCGGCGAUGGUGCUGUGCCGACGUGGGCGUGGGCGUCGUGGAGCGUGGUGAUUGGGUCCGCGAUACUGGUGAGCGUGCUGUGGGUGGGCAACCUGUGGUUCGCCUACUUCAGACAUAGGAUGGGGAGCAGCAAGAAGGAGCAAUGAUGGGCUCCUUAAUUUUAAUAAUUUUCUCAUUUGCUGAAAUGUUAAAAAAAAUUGAUGUCGGAUUUUUUUAAGAUUUUCUCGUCCGGAUUGUCAUGUGAGAACAGAUAAAUUUGCCAUGCUGCUGUAGGGGAUUUUGCAUCCACUGAAGCGAAAAUUGUCAAUGUUGUAAAAGAAAUGACAGAAAAUUGCCAAGCUGCGCAGAGUA